UUUGCUUUUGAGAGGCUUGGGUUUUGCUUCUGUGCUAAUGCAGGGUGAAGAAGAGUAGGUGGAUUGAUGAUGAGAGUCUGACUUAGGGCAAACGAGCUGAUGAGAAGUUUCUAGUUGAUGACGUUGUAUUCACAGAAGUAUUUUGCUUGCUGGCAUGAGCAUAGCACUGUCCCAUGAGGAAUCCACGGUGCUGCAGAAACAGAAGUAGGAAAUACAUCAAGUGUCAGCGUGAGAAUUCUGCCCUUGGAGUGCUGAGUUAUAAACUUAUGAGCAAGACCGUGAAGUUAUAAGAGAGACCUUCAACUUGCCCUUCUUCAGGAGAAACCUCAGAUGUCUCUUUGCAACAGCUGAACAUCUGUCAUGUUAAGGAGAAGGAUACACAGACAGAGGCGAUAGUACCAGCUACUUGGGAUGAGCAGCUGCUUUGGAUCUCUGUGCAUGACUGGAGUAUCCAAACAAACUGGAUACUUUGUGAGGGCUUUUCAUCAUCAGAAACAGUACAGAGCUAUUAGUUUGCCUGCUAUUAUUUUGGAUGAAACACUGUAAAAUAGACGGUUUCACAUUUUGCGGGGGAAAAUUUCAUCUGCCAGUCUGACCUGCUGGUGUGAGAAGCUGUGCCUCCUUUAUUCAUAGUAGACACUGAAAACUGUGGCAAGAUGUCCAGUCUGCUGAGUGCAGUGUACUAGGAACUGAGACGGUCUCACAGCUUCAUGCAGAAACUAUCUUGGCGUUUUCAGUCCAGUAAAUACAACUGAUUUUUCUUUCCUUUUUUUUUUCAUUCUAGUAAAUUGGUUUCUGAGGAAAAGUACAUGCAAUACAAAUAACUGCACUGUACUCAUUUCUAGCUCUUGGAAUCUGCAUCCUUUUAAAACCUUUUUGGAAGCAUUUGGAUUUCACAAAACAUUUUUAUGUUCCAUUGACAUUUAAAAACAAGAUCAGAGUAUUUUUAAGUGUGUUAGAAGAGUAUAAUUCUGAAGAGCUGAUUUUUUAUUUCCUUUAUUGAAUAACUUGGUAAAGAUUCAGGGAUACACAUCCAUGUCUCAACGCCGCUUUUUGAGGGAAGGACGAGAAAGUCAUUUUAGGAUCCUACCAAGAUUCAUUCAAAUUCUUCAUGGCAGACGUCACUCACGAAAUAACCCACACCAAAUAUGCUCUGAUGAAGUCAUGCAUCAAGACAUCAUUCCCCUCUAUGCUGCAGAUAUUCAGGACCAAUUAAAGAAGCAAUUUGCUUACCUGUCAGGUGGAAGAGGGGGAGAUGGAUGUCCUGUUAUCACCUUUCCAGACUAUCCAGCUUUCAGUGAGAUCCCUGAGAAAGAGUUCCAGAAUGUCCUGACCUACUUGACGAGCAUCCCAAGUUUACGAGAUACUGGAAUUGGAUUUAUUCUUGUCAUAGAUCGCAGGCAGGACAAAUGGACUUCUGUGAAAGCAUCCAUACUGCGGAUAGCAGCAUCUUUCCCAGGAAACCUGCAACUAGUCCUCGUUCUGCGCCCAACAGGAUUUUUUCAUCGAGCUCUCUCAGACAUUGCCUUCAAAUUCAACAGAGAUGAACUUAAAAUGAAAGUACCUAUCAUAAUGCUGGGCUCAGUAUCUGAACUUCAGAGUUAUAUUGAUAAAACACAAUUAACAGAAGAUCUUGGUGGCACCCUGGAUUACUGCCAUAACAGAUGGCUGUCCCGUCGCACUGCUAUAGAAGGUUUCGCCCAAAAGGUUAAGCAAACAGCUCAGAUUCUUCAGUCCUUUGGGACUGAGCUGGCUGAAACAGAACUACCAAAUGAUGUGCAAUCAACCAGCUCCCUUCUUGCAACACACACAGAAAAGAAGGACAAAAUGAAGGAGGAUAUCAGGUUAGCAGUAGAACAGGGAGAUGAUAUCCUUGGAAGUAUUACACAACCAGUUACUGAGAAUCCGGAAUACAAACUGAAUCAAGAUCAGCUAGACAAUCAAACAACAGUAGAAAGGCUUCUGGCUCAAUUACAUGAAACAGAGACUGCCUUUGAUGAGUUUUGGAUUAAGCAUCAACAAAAACUUGAGCAGUGUCUGCACCUUCGGAAUUUUGAACAGAAUUUCAGAGAGGUCAAAGCAGCUUUGGAUAUUGUGUCUGAGAGACUGUCUGCUUUCACAGAUGUGGGAAACAGCUGUUCACAUGUGGAGCACAUUUUGAAAGAUCUUGCCAACUUUGAAGAAAAAUCACGUGUAAGAAUUCUGCAAGCCAGAAUGCUAGCCUCAGAGGGUGAUGCUUUUAUUCAAAGCAAUCAUUAUGCUGUGGACUCCAUUAUUCCAAAAUGCAGUGAACUUCAUCAUCUCUGUGAUGCCUUCACUACAGAGACAGAACGGAGGAGGAAUCUUCUUAACAAAUCUCUAGAGCUGCACAGCAUACUAGAAAAGUCUAUGCAAUGGUGUGAUGAAGGAAUUUAUCUGCUGGCAUCACAACCCGUUGAUAAGUGUCAGUCUCAGGAUGGUGCAGAAUCAGCAUUACAGGAGAUUGAGAAAUUCCUGGACACUGGUGCAGGCAAUAAAAUCAAGGAGCUGAAUAAAAUAUACAGAGAGUAUGCACACAUCCUCAGUGAGGACUUAAAGGAGCAUGUGCAAAAGGUUUUUCAGAAGCAAGAAAGUAUGGAAGAAAUGUUUCAAAAGAGACAAGUCAGUCUCAAGAAACUGGCAGCUAAGCAGACACGUCCUGUUCAGCCAGUUGCCCCAAGACCUGAAGCCUUUGUAAAAUCUUCCUGUACCUCUCCAGGUAAGCAACUGUACGAAUACGGAUCCAGCUCAGAAAGCACUGCACUUCGGAGGGUAAACUAUAGAAGAGGAAAGAGUGAAAUGACAGAAGUCCAUCCAAGCAGAGGAGGAUCUACAAUGGAUGAUGAAGAAAACCUAGCUGUGUUACGGCAACAUGUGAUUAAUGAACUUAUUGAGACUGAACGAGCAUAUGUGGAAGAACUUCUCUGCGUUCUUGAGGGUUAUGCUGCAGAGAUGGACAACCCCUUAAUGGCUCAUCUCAUUUCACCAGAACUCCAAAAUAAGAAGGAUAUCUUGUUUGGGAAUAUGGAAGAAAUUUAUCACUUUCACAACAGAAUAUUCUUGAGAGAAUUGGAAAACUAUGUAGAAUACCCAGAACUUGUAGGACGGUGCUUUCUGGAUCAGAUGGAAGAUUUCCAGAUUUAUGAAAAAUAUUGUCAAAAUAAGCCUCGAUCUGAAAGUUUGUGGAGGCAGUUUUCAGAUUCUAUAUUCUUUCAGGAAUGCCAAAGGAAACUGGAUCACAAGCUCAGUUUGGACUCAUACUUGCUGAAACCCGUUCAAAGAAUAACCAAAUACCAGUUGUUGCUAAAGGAAAUGCUCAAGUACAGUAAGAACUGUGAAGGUGCUGAAGAUCUUCAGGAGGCAUUAACUUCUAUAUUGGGCAUUCUCAAAGCAGUUAAUGAUUCUAUGCACCAGAUAGCCAUUACAGGCUAUGAUGGAAACCUGAAUGAGCUGGGCAAGCUUUUAAUGCAAGGAUCCUUCAAUGUCUGGACUGAUCAUAAAAAGGGUCACUCAAAGGUGAAAGAUUUGGCACGCUUCAAGCCGAUGCAGCGACACCUCUUCCUCCACGAGAAAGCAGUGCUGUUCUGUAAAAAGCGAGAAGAAAACGGAGAGGGAUAUGAGAAAGCACCUUCUUACAGCUACAAACACUCCUUAAACAUGGCAGCAGUUGGAAUAACAGAAAAUGUCAAAGGUGAUGCAAAAAAAUUUGAAAUCUGGUAUAAUGCAAGGGAAGAAGUUUACAUUAUACAGGCACCAACCCCUGAAGUUAAAGCUACUUGGGUAAAUGAAAUAAGAAAAGUGUUGACGAGUCAACUGCAGGCAUGUAGAGAAGCUAGUCAGCACAGGACACUAGAACAAACACAGAGUUUACCUCUACCAGCAUCAUCUUGUACAAGUCCUUCACAGAACCACAUCAGAAAUACUAAAAAAAUGGAGGAGAAAAAAGCUGAUCUCACAAGUCAGGAAAGUUAUGGCACCACAGUAGCACCAAAGUACCCUGAGAAAGCCAAAGAAACUCCAUCUCCUUCUGCUAAAAGCCAGACAUUGCCAAUGAUCCUUCUUACAGGAACAGCUUCUCCUACCAGUCCUGACAAAAAAGCUAAACGACAUGAAGUAGUGAGUGACCCAACUCCUUUUGGUUUAAGAGGCUGGUCUAAAACAUCACAUUCUCUUGAUGCAUCUGAAGAAAAUGAUGGCUGGUCUAGCGCUGAAGAUCCCCUGAAUUCAUCAGAUGCGGAGGAAGAAGGAGGAGGAGGUGGAGGCGAGAUAAAGCUGACUCCUGGUAAAUAUACAGUUGUGACUGAUUAUGAGAAAGGAGUUUCUGAAGAAUUUACAGUGAAAAGUGGCGAUCUAGUUCAACUGGUUCGUGAAGGGGAGGAUGGACUUUGGUAUAUAAAGAACCUUAGCACUGGUAGAGAAGGUUGGAUUCCAGCAAACAACCUGCUGAUGCUCAUAGGCAAUUCAAAAUCAGCUCAAUCUUUAAGCAGCUCUGAAUCAGGCACUGCCUCCAGCACUUUGAGCACAUCAUCAAGUUGCAGUGAUAGCUGCAAUGCUAGCAGCACCAGCUUCUCUGACGUUAAAGGCUAACAACAGUUUUCACCCCACCUCUGUGGAAGGUAAAUGUGGAGUUGGGUGCUUUGUGCAGAGUUCUGGACAUUGGACUCCAGUGGAGAACCACUUGUUCUGUGUUGCCAGCCCCGAGUAUUAUCUGCAGCGAUUUUUACAGGUUCUCCUAGAAGAUCCCAAUGAAAAGUGCACGGAAUGUGAAAUUGUAAAUAGAAGUUCAACAGUUUGAAAUAGGUUCUUGUGGAGGCUUCUGCUCUGAAGUCUGAAGCUGCAGAGCUGUUAGCAUAAAACACAUUUUCUCGUUGAUACACAGUCAGGUUUCUGCAGAACUGUAUCAUGUUGUAACAGCCAGAAUCUGAAUGUGAGCAAACAAAAUGUGUUCAGUGCUAAAUCCUCAUUGUAGACUAAUAACACAGCAAUCACUAUACAGGAUAAGUAUGAGGAAAAUAAAUGCGAGUUUACAAUUUCUCUUCCCCAAAAACCCCUUUCUCCAAGGACGUACCUCAGUCAAUGCAGUGAAUGGGACUCUUACAGCAACCAAGAAGGAGGUCUGGUCCAGGCUUUUCUCUUCUCUUGGGUCUUCAGGAUAUUCUUCUGCUCCCUAGAGAGUUGGGAUGCAGACAUGACCAAUUCACUGACCACAACAGUAUCAAAAGAAACUUAUUUUUAUCCUUUCCAACCUUUUAAUGGUGUGUGCAAUGGAAUAGCUGUUUUCUGAGGUAUUUUUGGCCUCACAACCAAAUUCUUUACCAAGAUCACUGUGUUUACAUAGCCUUGGCAAUUUAGUAGUAUCUUUCUCCUUACACAGGUGCACAAUGAAACACAAAUGUUCUUAUUCACUCAAUGAUUUCUUAAUAAAUUAUAAUGACACUGUUACUUUCAGCUCUCACAGUUAACACGCAGUUACAGGCAGGGGAAACUAUUGUGGCUGCAUUAUGGGUCAAGACCCUUCCUUCAGACAAACCUACGAGGGCUUGAAAUCAAAUGUAUUUUUAGUCAGUAGUGUUUGUUGCAGAUUUAUUCAAAGAGAAAAGAACAAUUACAUAAUUUUCUAUAAAAGGGGAGCACAAAAGGAAAAAAAUUAGAGAAGAGUCAGUUUUAUGCUACAGGCAGGUAUUUUAAUUUGGUGGGGUUUUUUUUUUGAAGGAAGGGUGAUGCUAAACUUGCCAUUUUUCAAGGUAUGAUGUAAGCCAAUGUUGUGAAUUUCCACAUUGUCAGACAUUCUUUGCACAUCAUCCUUACAAACGUUCCAAACCUGUGUGCAUGUAUGGAAUAUUGUAUUCAUUCCUUUCUGUCUCUCAAAUGUUUUUACUUGUAUGAAAAUAGGUUUUUAACUGAUUCAUGUACUAUCUUACAUAAACAUAAUGUGGACUUCAAGUGCAUACUUUUUCAGAAGCAGUAAGCACAACAGAUUAUGCCAACGAGGAAGUGCUGUUCAUCAUCAGACUCUCAAUGGCUGAGCCCAGAAGCCUAUCUUCAUGCCAGAAUUUUAUAUUUUAGAGGCUGCAGCUUAGGAAACUUAACAAAUAUUCUAAAGAACUCCUGGGUUGUUAAAGCAGCCCUACCCCAGACGCAAUCAAAAUGCAGCUGACCAUGGUCAGUACAAAUUGAACCAUAUAUAUAUAUACACACUCACGUAUUUAUGCACAUAUCUAUGUGCAUGUAUGUGCUUGUGUGUGUAUAUAUGUGUGUGUAGAUAUGUAUAUAUGUGUAGAUAAAAUGUAUCAAUGUAAAAGAUGUAUUUAUAGUCUUCAUGCUGCUAAAUGUGUCACUUUACAAUUCAUAAAUACUUAGGUUUCUUGCAAUACUGCAAUGUAAAGGCUGAUCAGGGUUUUAUUUCAGGCAUCGUUUCCAAUGCAGAAAUCCUCUGAUCUUUUUUUAAUUAGCCCAUAUAAUACUGUGCUGACUGGGAAUAUUUAGGCCGAUAUUUAACAAUGGAAUGGCAACAUGAGAUUCAGCUUAUCCUCAACUAUGUAAAUUAUUUUGUAAAUUUUCUGUAACAUAAUUUACUUCUAUAUUGCUGUCAUUGCUAGGAUGACACUCUCCUUCUGUUCCUCACUGCAGCCUCAUUUGUGUUAUUUCAAUGUUUUUCUCCACGUCGUUGCACUUUAAUAUACAACCCAUUCACUAUUACCUUUUUUUUUUUUUUACUGCUGUUGUGAAUUAGAAGUUCAAAGUCAGAGGUCUCUAUUGUAAUUAAUUUGAAUAAAUUUCUGCAAUUCUUG